AUGGAUACUCAAAAAACAUUGGAUAGUUUCAUCAAAAGUAGAAAAAGGCCAACCAAUGAAGAUGGUUUGCAUAAAAAGGAACUACUGAACAAUACUGUUGGAGUAAAUAAACCAACUAGAAAACUAUCAUUUGAUUCUACCGUGCAGCAAACUGCUAAAAAACAAAAGGUUGAUUCUGGAAUUAUAGAAAAUAUUGGCCAAAAUAAUCUAAAUGCUUCUGUUGUUAAUAAUAUUACUGUUGCCGAAAAUAUUUUGGAGAAUAAAGAGACUGAAAAUGAAAAUGAAAAUGAAGUCCGUUCAGAGAGAGAAACAACUCCAGAUCAAUCACCAUCAACUAAGGCCAAAUUACGUAAAGAGUUGGAUUUGGGCGAGUUUCGUAAGAUUCUUCGCCGUAAACACAACCUUAAGAAAUUACAAGAAAAAAUCAACUCAGUGGAACAAUCACAAAUUGAUCUUAACACUGCAAAGUCUAAAGUAGAUGCUGCCAAAAGCCAUUAUUUAUCGUCGUUUAAAUCAGUCGAUCUCCUGGUUGACACUAGCCCGGUAAAAGUUGGAUCAAGUCCAAUAAAACGAUCUCAACUUAAACCUACAGCCUUAUUUCUCACUCCAACCCAAUCUAUGGUUAGUCCUAGGAAAGUAAUGAUGUCCACUCAGAUGACACAUGCCAAAGAAUAUGUUUCGCCUAGAAAGUUAUUAGAUGAAGUAGGAUCUCUUUUAGCUAUGUCACCAUCAAAACGAUAUGCUGCAUUGGCUGAUUCUAAAGCAUUACCAUUGCCUUUGAAGUACCGUAUUUUGGAUGAAUUAUUCAAAGCUUUGGAAACUGUUUCGUCUAUGAUGUUUAGUAGAAAAGAAAAAAUAACUUUUAAUAAACUCAAACGUGGUAUUCAGCAAAUGACUAGAAAAAAUUUUACUGAAUUGCAUUUGGCUCAAAUUAAAACUGUUGUACCAGAUUUCUUUAAGUUUGCAUUGGUAAAAUCACCAAAAGAGAAAUCUAGUUUUGAAUUAGUAAUAACUCCAAAUUAUGGCUCAGUGAACGAAGAUAACAUUAACUUAAUUGAACUAACAACUCAAAGGAAAAAGGCAUUUUCUAAUGCACUACUUGACAUUUUGAAGGAGCGUCAUGAAAAAUAUUUGAGUAAAUUAACUCCACCUAUUGUGAUUGCCAAAGAUAAAAUAACCAGAUGGCAUCCUGAGUUUGAUGUUGAAACUGUGGAAGAUAUCAUUCCUUCAACAUUACCCAAAAUUGAAAUUAACAAACCAAAAAUAGUAACGGCAAAAGAUUUAUUGGACAAAUCUCAUUCGUUGUUUGUUUACAAUAAUCGUUUAAACCGGACUGUCACAACAAUGAACAAUGAAAAUAAAAAUUUAACUGAAAAAAAAUUCCCAACAACAGACGCAAAAAAUGCUUUAGAAGGAGCACUUAAAGGGAUUCCUAAAUCAUUUUUACUAAAGAUUCAGGAAAAGCAAGCAGAAAAAGCUAAAGAAUUGAUGACACGGUCGGUGGGUCAAUUAGAUGAAGAUAGAAUGAUGAAUCGAUUACCAGAUAUUGCAAGAAGAAUGCGCACCUAUUUUGUUCAACUUCAAAGAAAUGUUUUACCAUUCAAAAAAGUCAUUGGUCAAUUGAAGCAGAGUUACCCCGAGGCUAUGACAGACCAAGAAUGGAAAGCUCACUUAAAUCUUCUCCAAGAAAAAGUACCUCAUUGGAUUGUAUCAAAAAGCUUAGAUGGAAUUGAACACAUUCGAAUUGAUAAAAAAGUUGAAUUUGAAGAAACUGUAAUUAAAACAUUACAAAAAUAA